AUGCUCUCCGCUAGCUCAAGACUGCGACAGAAUGUUCCGCGACUGCUGAAGCGCUUCGUCAGCGGUGGACCUAGCCACCCUGCACCGGCCUCGGCUGUGUGGGGCAACUACACGCCGCUCGACCCGGCAUCGGCCAUGGCGGUCUAUCCGGAGCCCCUGUCUGUGCCAGAUCAGAUUGAGCGGCCCGCUUACGUGCCGGACAACUUCUUCACGCACCCGAUAUGGGAGCACACGGAGCCCAAAGAGGAGGAAGAAGGUGGCCCCAUCAAGCUCGGCACUGAUGACGAACACCGCGUGCGCCGAGCUGCCAGGACCGUCGCCGAUAUUCUGGCUGAGAUGGAGAAGCACGUCAGACCUGGCAUCACGACGGAAGAGCUUGACAGCAUCGCGCACCAUCUCAUUACCUCGCGCUGGGCGUACCCAUCUCCGCUGGGUUAUGCGCACUUCCCCAAGAGCAUAACGACCUCCGUCAAUAACGUCAUUGCGCAUGGAAUUCCGGACGGCCGAGCACUGGAACCCGAGGACAUCAUCAACCUCGACCUGACGAUAUACCUCGAUGGCUUCCACGGUGACACGUCCGCUACCUUCCUCCUGCCCAACACAGACAAGCCGGGACGCGAGCUCGUCGCGGCGACGGAGGAGGCGCUCGACCUAGCCAUCCGCGCUUGUCGGCCGGGCGAGCGUUUCAACGUGAUUGGCAAGACCAUCGAGGAGUUUGCCAAGAGGCACGGAUUCAGUGUGAACGAGCAGUUCUGUGGACACGGUAUCGGCAAGCGCUUCCAUCAACACCCUUACAUUAUCCACUACCGCAACACGGAGUACGGGACUAUGAAACCUGGAGACUGCUUCACCAUUGAACCGGCGCUUGUGCAGGGUAGCCGCAGCCGGGGCACUCUUUGGGAUGACGGCUGGACGGUAUCGACGGAGUUCGAGCACCAAAUCCUCAUCACGGAGGACGGCGCAGACGUUCUCACCGCGCGCUCCUAG